AUGAAACAUCCUUUGCUCAAUAAAUAUAUGAGGUAUCUUCUGUACUUAUACCUGAUAUUCCAAGUAACUCCUAUCAUCGCUGCUGAAAAUGGUAAUACGCGUUAUGCUGUCAUCGCAUUUCCAAGUUCUGAACAAAAAGCGGGUGUCAAUAUCAAUGGUCAAUGGUACACUCUACAAUCCAGUACUGACCAACCUCAACUAUUUGAAGGCUCAGCACCAUUUGGACAAACUUAUCAAUAUGGACUAUUUACUGAUCAACAUGAAAAUGAUAUUAUCGAGCAUUAUCAAAGAACUUUGGCUCAAGGAACAACUAAUACUGGCAAUGAAUUUUUCAAUAGAUCUCAAACGUUGUACAAUGUGCCUCCUUUACCCCAAGUCUAUCAUCCCAUUUAUCCUCCUCUCUUUAGUCCCUUCAAUCAAUCCAAUGAAAUAGCCACUUUACUGUUGACUUGUAACUCUACAGGGUUUGCCGCCAUAUUGGCGAAUCCUAAAGAUAAACAUGAUCCCACGCGUUGUGAUUCAGUAUCAUAUAUCUCUCAUGAUACUGCUCUCAAGUUUUCCAUGGCUGGUCUCAAGAAUAGUGGAAAAUCAACAAAAGAAUUCGCCAAGCAAUCUUACAAACUUAGUAUCAAUGAAUUUGUUCCAAAGGAUACAGAUGCUCAAUAUUUUUAUGGAAGAACUACUAUCAAACUUCGUGCUCAUGAAACAGAUGUCACAUUUAUGCGAGAGAAACUCAUGUUGGAUCUACUUGGUGCUUCUGGAGCUGCUACUUUGGGAGGAAGUUUUGUUCGUUUAUUUGUCAACAAUGAACCUCAAGGAUUAUAUUUAAUGAUUGAUGAUGCCACCACAUCCACUAUCAAUAAUAUGCUUCAUGCAGGCGACUACACAACGAAAACAGGACCAACUUAUAAAGGCAAUGCCCUGACUGUACAACAAGAAGGCAAUUUGGUAUAUAAAGGAGAUGAUCUUAACUUAUAUGAUGAUUCUAUUUACAAAUUGGAAGACAAAGGACGUAAUUAUGAACCCAAACUGAACAAGGCAAACGAGAAACAGCCUUUGGUGGACUUUAUGCGACAAUUGAGUACAAUUCAACCAGAACAGGCAACAGAUGCACAACAUCAAGGAAGUUAUUCUACUUUGUUGGAUGAAAAACAUACAUUGAUUCAUUUGUGUUAUUCAUUUCUAUCAGGCAGUUGGGAUGGUGUUUGGCAUCAAGCAAGUAAUUACUAUUUGAAUCAAGACCCUACCCGAAAUCAAUGGACUUUGAUCAGUUAUGACUUUGAUGAAACAUUUGGACUUGGAGCACCAGCACACUUUGUCAAUACACCUUGGCAAAACUUUACACAACCUGGCACUCAACGACCAUUGGUGGAAGGUUUAUUGAACUCUCCUUAUUGGGCUUCCGAAUUUGAAACGAUGCUACGUACGAUUGUGAAGCGAUUGUUCAAGGUCAGUGUAUUGGAACCACGAUUAGAAGCAUGGAGACUGAUGUUACGUGAUGAUGUGAUUUUUGACUUGGGAUUGAACCGAUCAUCACCUGGUAUUCAAACUACAUGGACGCCUUGGAAUUUUGAAACCAACAUCAACGCAACUGACGGACAAAAUAUUGGGGUAUUGGAAUGGAUUCGUAUCCGAUCAUCAUCUUUACAACAACAAUUACAAUUCACAGAAGAAGACGAUCUACCUCCUCUUGGACCUUAUACUGAUGGAAAACAAUGGGACCAAGAUAGGGAUGGAGUAAAACCCGCGAAGGACAAAUCCGCAAGUGGUGCUGCUCGUCACGUCAAAAGCUUGAAUAGUAUAGUUUUAGCAUUAGUUAUUAUUGGCCAAUUCCUGGUCGUAUAAUAUAUAGGUUUUAUUAUUUUUAUAUUAUUAUGAUUUUUAUUAUGAUUUUUAUUAUUAUCAUAUGAUUAGAAUAAAAAAGAAGAUUUCUCCAUUUC